GUGCCGAGAGUCAAGAGAGGCGUAACCAAACACGCCCGACACAAGAAAAUCCUCAAAGCCGCCAAGGGUUACCAGGCCUCUUCCGGUCGUAACUACAAGUGGGCCAAAGAAGCGUUGAUGCACGCGUGGAGCCACGCGUAUCGCCAUCGCCGCCAGCGUAAGGGCGAUUUCCGCCGCCUGUGGAUUAUCCGCAUCGGCGCCGCCUGCCGUCAGCAUGACACCAACUACAGCCAGUUUAUGCAUGGGCUUACCGCUGCCGGCAUUGAGAUCGACCGCAAGAUGCUGGCCGACAUGGCCGUCCGCGACCCGGCCGCCUUCGAGCGCCUGGUAGCCCUCGCCAAAACGGAUUAG